CUUCAACCCCUAGCUGGAGAACUUCCAUAUCCUGCAGGUGCAGCCUUAAAAAAAAAUCCACAGAAUCUGCAAGGCAGGCCUGGAAGGGGUUUGGAGAACCUUCUAAUGCACUCAUUUUCCAGAUGACCAAUUAAGGCCGGGAGAAAGUUGCUUUGUGCUUGGUCUAGGCUUCUGUGCAUGAACCCGCCUCUUACUGUAAGAAAGUGGUUGUUUUAAGUUGCAGGACUAGACUGGGAUGUUCCUGUGAAGCAGGAGUAACAAUCUGCCCUCCCUUCUCCUUUCCAUGCUCGGUGCCUCUUCUCUCUGGGUGACUCACAGUGCCAGCCUGGGGUGGGGCUCAGAGUAAACCAGAUCGGAGACUGAUAGUGAAAUGUCUGGACCGGCUGGCUCCAUAGAUGGGGCAGCGUGUCUUCUGGGUUAGCCUGGACACAGGGAUUGAAAAGAUAGCCCUUUCCCAGGGAGAACCCCUGGAUGUGAGUGGGUUGGAAUCCACAUAUUCGUGGAAGGCAGGAGGGUCCAGUCUUGACCUGCCUGCCCUUCCCUCCAGGGUGGGGACCUUUUGUUUGCUUAUUCAGUCAACAAGAUAGUUAGGGCCUAUUGUGUAUGCCGGGCACUGUGGUAGUUACGAGGGAACAACUAGGAACCAGACAGGCUUGGUCCAAGCUCUGGAAGACAGACAAACCAGUAAAUAAACAUAGCUGGUGAUGAGUGCUAAGGAGGAAAUUAAGGAGCAAGUUGGAAAAGAUGGGAGUUCCCACUUUAAGAAGGGUGGGGUGGCGGGUCAGGGAAGGCCUUUAUGAGGAACUCAAAGGGCGAGAAGGAGCCAGCCACGCAGAAGGGGCGCAGGGAGCGGCUCAGGCAGAGGGAGCACUGAUUGGGGGCCUGGUCCUGUCCGUGGGCAUCUAUGCAGAGGUCGAGAGGCAGAAAUACAAAACCCUGGAAAGUGCCUUUCUGGCCCCAGCCAUCAUCCUCAUCCUCCUGGGCGUCAUCAUGUUCAUUGUGUCCUUCGUCGGCGUGCUGGCUUCCCUCCGAGACAACCUGUGCCUUCUCCAAGCGUUUAUGUACAUCCUUGGUCUCUGCCUCAUAAUCGAGCUCAUUGGUGGCGUGGUGGCCUUGAUCUUCCGGAACCAGACCAUCGACUUUCUGAAUGACAACAUUCGAAGAGGCAUCGAGAACUACUAUGAUGACCUGGACUUCAAAAACAUCAUGGACUUUGUUCAGAAGGAGUUUAAGUGCUGUGGCGGGGAAGACUACCGAGACUGGAGCAAAAACCAGUACCACGACUGCAGCGCCCCGGGACCCCUGGCCUGCGGGGUGCCCUACACCUGCUGCUUCAGAAACACGACAGAAGUUGUCAACACCAUGUGUGGCUACAAAACUAUUGACAAGGAGCGCCUCAGCGUGCAGAACAUCAUCUACGUGCGGGGCUGCACCAACGCCGUGCUCAUCUGGUUCAUGGACAACUACACCAUCAUGGCCGGGCUCCUGCUGGGCAUCCUGCUGCCCCAGUUCCUGGGGGUGCUGCUGACAUUCCUGUACAUCACCCGCGUGGAGGACAUCAUCAUGGAGCACUCUGUCACCGACGGGCUCCUGGGGCCUGGCGUCAAGCCCAGUGCGGAGGCAGCAGGUGCAGGCUGCUGCAUGUGCUACCCCAAUUAGGGCUGUGGCCUGGGGCAGCGGCUCCAGAAGGACCGUGACAGAAGGACAGCUCGGCUCAGGCCACGUCGUGGGGGCCGGACAGGACCGCAGCCCCUCUCUCCAUGUUCGGCACUGACUGAAGCCUUGGCUGUAUUCACUCAGGGCUCCCAGGUCACCUUGGGACCCUGUGCCACCUGUGCUGAUGGGGGGUGGGGAGCAGGGUGUCCCUUCUCCAGGCUUGGGCCCCCUGGGAAGGGGGAGCUCGGCGCUGGGCUCAGGGCCCGUUUCACUUCUGAUAGUGCCUUCGCCUUGCUGUUUGUGUCCCUUUGAGGGCAGUUUUGUCAUCCGAGAGGGAGGGGAGCCUGAGUGCCCCGUGCUGAAGGAGGGGAGAGGAGCAUCCCCCGGGGCCCUGUUCCUCAGCCUUACCCCUGAGGCCACAUGGGGCCCAUUUCUCAGACUCCCCAGUGCCUUGAGCCCUCCUCAGGGCUGCUGCUUUGCUGACCCUAUUUUUUAUGUGAUUUUUGUAACAUUCGUUUUGUACACAGUUAACAGGAGUUUCUGACUAAUCAAAGCUGGAUCCUCCACCCCCACCCGCCUCAACUUCCCCUGUUCCUUUCUUGCCCCUCCAAACCAGUUUAUUAAUCAAACAAUAAAGAUGUGAUUUUUUUUUUUUUUU